CAUCCGUGGUUUAGAUAUAAUCGUGCCUUGUAUUGUCCGAAUAAUCGGGAGCAAGUUUCCAUGAUGGUGCAGCUACACUGCUUGUGCCUCAAUGUGCAGAUAAGCAUAGAGGCUAAGACUGCAGACAUCAAAGACCUGCCUCUGCACUUCCCCCACCAGCUCCCUGACUGCCCUGAUGAUGAAUUCUUUCAAAAAGGUGUGUUGGUGGUACGGCUGGACCUUGGAGGUGUGAGCUCUGAGAUAUCGGAGCUUGUGGAGCAACAGCCCCUGAGUGGUGGCUGGGUACUGCAUCACUGCCUGUCAUGUAACUUCUACACACACGCAGUCCACACUUCCUCCAGUACACAUGCUGCCAGUCCUGCCUUACUUAGUGGAGCAGCCAUUGAGGCACAAAAGGCCAGUGAUCGAUACUCAGGCUUGUUCCACCUAGUGCUGCCUCCUUCAUCUCCUGACCCUGCCAGCUCCCACACCCCUCCUGCAGCUGACAAAACUCACAUGCCUCCUCUCAGCACCACGCUGCUGCCUCUGCAACUGCAGAGGCAGUUGACACAUUACACAAAGCAGCUGGAGAGCUUGUGUGAAGAGCGCAUCAGAUGCUAUAAGGAGCAGCAGCUGAAGCUGCUGGACCAGGACAUAGAGCGUGCCAAGCAUGACAGCUACGUCCUCCUGGCGCUGCUCAUGCGCCUUGACAAGAUCAACAUCAGACGUCCUUCCCAGUCAGCUGGGGACUUGGAUGCCCAUAGACGGAGGAGCUUGGGCACCACGGCCCUUGAGCCAGCACUCCCUUCAGUUACCACACACCAGGCCUCCUUCAGCCUCCGGCCACCAACCGCACCAGGCUUGGAUGCUGCAACCAUAGCAGCCACUGGGCUGGACUCCCCUGGCGUGGAUGUGGCAAGUCCUCUGAGUCGGUCUGUUGCUAUGGAUAUUCCUCUGUCUGCGCUGCACUCAGGUGCUGACAGUGAAGACGAGUUCCGGAAUGUAGAGCUCUUUGACUUCAGCGAUGAGGAGUCGGACCGCUGCCCUCCACCCUUGUCUUCUCCUCCGCACAGCCCCUCCACACAUGAAGAUGACUAUUUAUACACUGAGCAGGAGGCGGCGGAAUACCUGGCAGCAGAAGCGGCAGAGCGCGAGGCGAAUCGCAUUGAGGCCAUGAGUGCAGCGGGCAUUCCUUCUCUGGCCCAGUCGGUCCCCAUAGACGUGCCCAACAUGGGCCAGCCUCUGCCCAUACGCCGGCCUCGGAGCAACGUGGUGCGGCCACCGUGCAGGUCGCCAUCUGAGAUCUGCGCGCGCAUCCUGCAGCUCUCGGCGACCUACAGCGCUCAGACCACGUCCCAUGGGCACCUCUUCGAACGGCGCCCCUCUGCCCUCUCCCGCACCCUCAGGGAGUAGAU